AACGUUUCUACCACAGUAGGAUAAGCUCUGUUGGUAAAGCACUUGAGUGCUGAGCAGAAGGUCCCGGGCUCUAUUCCCAUGCUGGACAAAUACUCGGGGUUGAAGGUACUGCCUGUUGCCCUGCAAACGGCUAGACCUUCGGGUGGCUUGGAUGACCAAGUAAAACGGCGGUCCCGUCUCCAGUAGGAGACUAAAAACAGUGUCCCCAAUUAAAAAGUAUGUUCUUGCUAAGCACUACCCAUGGUACCCCUCUGAGCACGCUUUUUGCGCGAUUGAGAGCUCCACUAUAAUGUAAUAAAUAAUCACUCUUUGCUUGUCAUUAAUUUAGUUGAAGCUUUAUUGUUUCUUUUUUAACAGCGCUCCCAUCCUGGAUCGGCAGAUGAAGCUGAUAACAUAACAGAUGAAGAGUUUGAAGUUUGUUAUGUAAGAAUAAAGAAAAACAAACGGUGUUGUUUGGAAAUGCUCAUUAGCCAGCCUUUAAUAAAAAAAUCAGCUGUUAAGAUUCAUGACUACAUGUAAUAUUUUUUGCAUUUCCCAGGUAUAGAUAUAUAUUUUUUUUAAUCAGAGUAUCAUGGUUAUGAAUCAGUCAGAGAGACAAGCUAAGGGAAAGUGAAAUUCAACUUUUCUCCAAAACAAUAUUUUUAAAAAGAAACUUUCUCAGUCAACUUUUAAUGUUUUAUUGAAGGUGUUGAUAACCCAGAUGCUUCAGCUACAGCCUGCCUAAGAUCACCAACAUGUGAGCUUAAAGGCCAUGAAGGUAAACUAAUUUUAAAAUUCAUUUAUUAGUGAAAACUGUUCUACUGUUGAUCCGCUACUUCCUGCCACUGCCUCACAGAAGCUGCUUACUUCUUAGCCUGCGAAAACAUCCGUUUCUCCACGUUCCUCGCCGCUGGGGACGUUUCGGGUCAGGAGGAACGUCUGCGACUGAGCGACAGAAAUUCCAUACUGAUGACGUAAAAUCUCUCCGGAAUCCGGUCAGAAGAGCUGAUUGGUCGACGGAGUAGUUACAUUGUUUUAGCUUUUGUUUACGGAUGACAGACAAAAGACAAAAGGCCACAAAGGUCAAAUGUAAACGCGAAGAAUCUCUAACAAAACAGUCAAUAUUUGUGGAAUAUAGUCUUCUAGAUCUCUAGAAGAAGCAUUUGAGUUUUGCUGAAGCUCGUUUGUAGAUGAACACAACACUUUACCAAAAUCGACCAGGAGAAACGUAAAAUCGAACAGAUUUGAAUUGGAACCUCAUGACUACCGGAUUUAUUUUUUAAACAUUGAUUUACAUCAUUAGUAUGGAAUUUAUGUCGCUGAGUCGCAGACGUUCCUCCGCAUGAAACGUCCCCGAGAGCGAGGAGAAACGGAUGUUUUCGCAGGCUACUUACGUCUGCUCCCAAAGCUGCUGUUGUAAAGAGUUUGGACUAUUAUUCAACAUCCAGCAAAAUCAGGGCUUCUGAUAUUUGUGAUGGUGAAAAUUUUCGUAUUUGAUUGCAAAUCGCAUGUGAUCACAUACCGAGUUCGAGUUCGAUUUGAAAUCACAAGUACAUGUAUGAUUUCAGACCCAAAUUGCACGACAUGAAAUCCAAUUACCAUUUUAUUACAGUCAUAUUUAGUCAGUACCAAUAUUUUAUUGAUCAAUUAGCCGGUUUGUCGAAAAGCGGAAACAAAAAGGCUUUUACAUCUCAUUUUAUAUUUGAAACAGAAAUGAUGCGAUAUGGAGCAAAAAUGAUACGAUGUAGAACAUGACUAACGCGAUUUGGGACAGAUGUGAUUUAGAGCAAGAAUAGUGUGAUUCGUGAAUAAAUCACACUGCUGAGAGCCAAUCAGAUUGGAGGGAUCACCAGUGACCACUUCGAAAAAUACCAUAAUAUUCUCAAAUUGUUGUGGCACUUUGAAAAUAUUGUGGUAUUUUGCGAAGUGGCCUGUGUGGUUACACUGUUUGUGUUUUAGCUUGAAUCUCCCUCUUUUUUUCCUUUUUAUUUUUAUCUAUAUACAGUAUGGGGCCCAGUUCUCGGCCACAAAAAAACGUAAACUUGUAUUUCUUACCUUGGAAUAGCCGUAAGGACUUGAAAUUUCACACACAAUUAGCUUCAGCAUUCAGUUUACACAUGUAAAUCUAUCGACCGCUCAACGCUGUUUUCCCCCGAGUAAUAACGAAAAUGGAGGCUUCGUUCGUAGGCUCAGUUAUCGGCCAGCGGUCCCAGUUCUCGGGCACAAAGGAGUGCGCGCGAUUCCUCAGAAUAAACAACCCUUUAUUACCAUUUUUUGUUGUUAAAUCAGUUAUAAGGCUUGUGUUUUGAUAUUUCGAUCACAAAUUAUCCUUAAAGACUUUUGUUUCAUGUUAGAAAAGGAAGUUUUUUGCACACCUAGUUUUUCUCUUAAGUGCAGUCAAGUGAGGCUAAAAAAGAGUUGGGUGUUUUAAACACGGGUUAAGUCAGAACUCAUAGUUUUAAUUCAUAUCUACUGUCAGAACACUUCUUUCUUUCAUUCUUGCCACGGCGGAUGCAAUUGUAUUUAAAACUUGUAUUUACAGCUUUAUUUUUACAACUGAUUUGGCACGAAAACUCCAUUCAAAGCUAUGAGCGCUUUUUAGUGUUGACGGCGAGCAGGGUGGCCGAGAAUAGGCAAAUACGCGAAAGUACUAAGGAAAUAUUGAGGAGUGAAUUUAGGUCAAAGAAUAAAACAGGCCAGCCAAAGUUUAUAUUUAUCCGAUAGCUUUAUCACUCUACGUUCUUUAUGCCAAGAACUGGCUCAUUUUGGCCUUCUAUACGAAUAAAAUACAAGCUUGAAUUAAGCCAUGUAAUUCGAGUAGCCGUAAACAAACACGUUUUCGGGGAAACCAAAUUCACCUAUCCUGACGUGCUCACAGUAUAUGGUAGCUGUAAACUCAAAACUCGGCGGGACGAAAGACAAGGAAUUAAGCUACCUUUGGAAAUAAUUUCUUUUUAUUCAGAUUCAUUUGCGGCGCGAAAAAAAAAAAACGUUGAACAAAAAGUGGCCGAGAACUGGGCCCCAUACUGUACAUAUAGAUUGGACACUUCUGUGUGCCUUGUAAUAUCAGUAAUAUACUAAUACUAGAGGUCAUCAUUGAUUAUGUAUCCGCGUUCGUCACUUACGGAAACGAAAUCGAGUCGAAAGGAGUCCAGUUUCCCUGCCGAGAUGCCCCUGACAAAAUCCGUAGGGGCGGCUGAUCGGCAGUCGCCCGUGAUACCUCGAAAAUGUAUGGCUUUGUACCACAGGAACACCAAGAGUAGGAUGCGUUCUGACGAAAGCGAUUAUUGUCGCUAUCAAUGAUAACAGCACCUGAUGUGUUAACCCUUUAAGUCCCAAUAGUAAACCAACAUCAAUGUUCUCCUAACGAUAUCCUUACAAUUUCAAGAGAUUAGGUUAUGAGAAUUAAUAAAAUGAUCUCCUGAGAGAAAAUGUUUUGAUCUUUUAUCAGUUCUCUAAGUAAAUGUAUAGAGAUCAGUUUGGAGAAUUUGCACGUGUAUAUUGGAGCUUAAAUGGUUAAUCUGUCAACUAGUUUAAUUGUCUCUGUGAAUGCAAAAUGAAGUGAGGUUGCCAAAGUUAUACGCAAACAGUCGUUACACCGUAAUUUCGAUUUUUUAUUCGUCACACAUGCGCUUUGUUUUACGUCACAUUUAGGUGCUGUUAUUGCUGCUGAUUGGUUUAUAUCUGGAAAACAGGUUGUUACGGCUUCUUGGGACAGGACAGCAAAACUUUGGGAUGUUGAAACAGCAGAACAAGUUCAUCAGUUAACUGGUAAUCAUAGAGAAAUUCAGAUGAUAGUCAUGUUUGCCUUUUUUUCCUUUGCACUUUCUCCCUAUUAAGUUCUAUUCAGUUUUUUAAUAUUUGAGGAAAUUAGUCGCUGGAAGUGAAAGCGUUCGCAUAAAAUUUUUGACUGUUCAUUUUUGAUCAAUUUUGUUUUAUUUUGAUUCAUAAUUGGCUUCGAGGCUUGCUCCCCAUUCCUUGGAGCCAAGUAUGAAUUUUGACGUAUCGAAAUUUCUGUAUUGGUCGAAUUCAUGGUUCGCACAAUCUUGAAAAGGUCUUGAAUUUUAGUGGUUGUCUUGAAAAGUCCUUGAAUUCGGUUAAGGUCCUUUAAAAGUACUUAAUUUCUUUAUUAGGUCUUGAAAAAUCCUUGAAAUUCACUACCUUGUCUAAAAACAUUUUUGUGCAUGAGCAGUAUCUUGCCUCUGUUUCUUUAUUUUAAAUGCUAUUUCUGUACCUCAGAUGCAAUUGCAAACGAUACCCAAUCAUUUUUUCAAAGCGUUUUGCGGAAAGUAGUAUAAAAUAAUGUGCUCAACCAUGGCUGAAGAAGUAAAAAUCGUAAAUGACUCCAUGACGUGUUUUAGCCAAUAAGGUGUUCAAGAGGGGGUUAAAGAAUGCUGAUUUAUUUAAUAAAUCGUAGUCCUUGAAAACUGUUAUUUGUCCUGGAAAAAUCUUUGAAGAGUCCUCGAAAUUUGUUUGUCCGAAGUUCUUACGAACCGAGGAAUUGGAAUUGCGAUAGUUUGGAAGAACACUAAUUGAAGGUCCGUGACCAUUGCUUUUGUCUGGUUUGUGUUAGAUUGCAGGGCAUGAUCAGGAACUGACACACACCUGUACCCACCCCUCCCAGCAACUUAUUGUCACGUCCUCCACUGACACAACCUUCCGUCUGUGGGACUUCAGAACACCGUCCAUACACUCAACAAUGUGUUUCCUCUACAAUGUGUUUCAGGGACAUUCCGAGUGA